CCGGAGGGGCGGAGAGGGGGAGCGAGAUUUGCUUUGCUUUGCGAUUUGGCCGCACAGGGUUUCCGUAGAUACGCUUCCAAACAUGGCUGCUCCCAUGUGUUAACAUGAGAGUUAGCUGGACUUAGAUGAUACACUGAGUGCAUCAGUGAGGAGACGGAUAGCACACGGUCCACAGUAUCGCUUGUAAUAUUGAACAUCAGCCUUUGAAGAAAAUAAGUGUGGACUAUCGGUGCAGUCACAGACUGUGUUUAUCUUUAUGUUGGUGAGGACAGCUUGUCUGUUUCCCUGCAUCAAAUCCCAUCAUCUUUAUCCUCUCCUCGCCCAUUCGGCCACACAGACGUUUCGUGGCAGCUUAGGCAGAGCUGCUGCUGCUGCCAGCAGGGGGCUGAGAUCCAUGGAGCCCCUUAAAGCUGUUCAAGACCCUGAGAUUCCCACCGUCAAACCCCCUCCUCACAGACCUGCUGACUCUUCAGAUGAGGUUGAGACUGCUGCUCCCACACACACAGCAGCCGAGACGGAUAAGACACUUCCUGAGGGGCUGUUACCUGGGGAGACGGUGGUCAAGGAGGGCAAGGCAUCCAUAUUGUUUCCCAGCGCUAACGAGGUGUUUUACAAUCCUGUCCAGGAAUUUAACAGAGAUCUGACAUGUGCUGUGAUCACAGAGUUUGCCAGAGACGUAAUGGCUCAGCGCGGGGUGAAGGUGGUGGUGCCUGGAGAGAAGGAGAGGGUGGUAGUCUCUCUGUCAGAGGAGGCGAACGAGGCCGAGGUACCGAUGGAGCAGAACAACGGAGCAGAGGAGCCAGCUAUCACUGCAACCGUCGGGGAGAAAUGUGAGCGUGGUCUGCGUGUGCUGGAGGGGCUAGCGGCGUCGGGUUUGCGCUCGGUGCGUUUCGCUCUGGAAGUCCCCGGCCUGCAGAACGUCACCGCCAACGACUUCUCCACCAAGGCUGCAGCGCUGAUCGCCAGGAACGCUCAGUACAACGGAGUCAGCCACCUGCUGCAGGCCAGCUGCAGAGACGCUAGUAUGCUGAUGUAUGAGAUGCGAGGGAAAAAGGAGCGCUAUGAUGUCAUCGAUCUGGAUCCCUAUGGUAGCCCCUCUGUCUUCUUGGAUGCAGCAGUGCAGGCUGUCAGUGAGGGAGGUCUGUUGUGUAUAACAUGCACAGACAUGGCUGUGAUGGCAGGAAACAGUGGAGAGACGUGCUACAGCAAAUACGGCUCAGUCUCAGUCAAAGCCAAAUACUGUCAUGAGAUGGCUCUCCGUAUCAUCCUGCACAGUGUGGACCAGAGGGCAGCCGUUUACCAGAGAUACAUCCAGCCCCUGCUGUCCGUCAGCGUGGACUUUUAUAUCAGGGUCUUUGUGCGAGUCUUUACAGGACAGGCCAAAGUGAAGAACUCAGCUAGUAAACAGGCUCUUGUGUACAACUGCGUGGGCUGUGGGACUUUUCACUUACAGAGAAUGGGCACGAGAAGAGUCGAUGGAAAACAUAUUAAGUAUUCUGCUGCCGUCGGCCCCCCUGUUGGACCAGAGUGUAAGCACUGUGGGCAGAGACAUCAGCUGGGGGGUCCCAUGUGGGCAGGUCCUAUCCACGACUUGGCGUUUGUCCAGAAGGUUCUGUCUGCUGUGUCGGGGAACCCGUCCAGAUUUGGGACGUCCAAACGUAUUGAGGGCAUGCUCAGCAUGGUGACUGAGGAGCUGGAAGACGUUCCUCUUUAUUACUCUGUGGGCAGUUUGAGCAGCACAAUGCACUGCACCACUCCACCUCUGCUGCAGUUUAGGUCUGCUCUUCUUCAUGCAGGUUACAGGGUUUCCCUCUCUCACGCCUGUCAGAGUGCCAUCAAGACAGACGCUCCUCCUGCAGCCAUCUGGGACAUCAUGAGAUGCUGGGAGAAGUUAAACCCUGUGAAGAGGGAGAAGCUGUCUCAGACGAGCCCCGCCUUCAAGAUCCUCUCCACUGAGCCCAGCCUUGAAGCCUGUUUCACUGUGAGAGAGGACGCCAACCCUCAGUCCCGUAAACGGCACCUGACCCGGUUCCAGGAGAACCCUCAGGCCUUCUGGGGACCCAAAGCUCGCGCCAAAGCUGGUGGCGGUAUCUCUGCUGACUUGCAGGACAAGCGAAAGAAGUGCCAGAACAAGAGAACGAACCCCAUCACAGACCUUUCUCAGCUGAAAGAGUUUCCCUGCAAGAGGUUCAAACGGGGAACAUGCGACCAUGGAGACAAAUGCUGCUACUCCCAUGACCUGAAGAAGACUAAUGAGGAGAAAAUGGAAUAAUUCACUUUUUUUUCCCUUUUUUUUUUUU